UUCUGUCAUUUUGUUGGUGUUUUUAAGGAUGGCCUGAAAUAUCUUCCAAAUUGAAAAUAGUGGACACAUUUUUAAGUAAAACAAAAAUUAAGCACUGCAUUAUGUGUGUAUUAAUUGUGUUGUGUGACAUAAAUAAGUUAAUAAAUGCAGUGAAUGACUGAAGUGAGUGUUGUUUGCUGCUCAGCUGUAGCUACAGCAGUGCUUCCACAGUGAGGUUAGGUGCUCCACAGCGCCACUGCACGGCUGUUGUGGUCGGACUGAUGAACUGCAGGCCAUGAGGAGGUGGUGGUGGUGGAGGAGGAGACCGAGUUUGCGCGGUGCUGCUGCUCCUGUUCCUGUACGAACUUUCAGGAUUUUCUGGAUGCAGAAACGCUGGAACAUUCUGGAACAUUCGCUGCCACAUCCGGUAUUCUGAGGAAGCUAACGAGGAGGAGAGCGAGAGAGAGAGCGAGUGUCUCGGUGGCGAGGUCAGAAUGUCAUCACUGGCGUCGUCUUCAUUGUACGCCGGCGACAGCGCGGUGCGCUACAAGAAGCGCAAAGCCAACUUCACCUUCAGCGAAGUGCACAUCCUGCUGGACGAAGUGCGCAAAAAUCGGCACAUCGUCGUGGGUAAGUUCAAUUCGGGCAUCCCGAGUGAUGUGAAGAGGCGGAAGUGGACGGAGAUCACGCAGCGCAUUAACGAGAUCGGCGAGUGUGACCGCGAAGUCGGUGAGGUCAUUAAGAAGUGGUCCGACCUCAAAUGCGACACCAAGCGUAAAAUCGCGGCGCUGCACUCGGGCGCGGCUCUGCCCCACUCGUCAGAACUCACGCAGACCGAGCACAUUGUGGGCUCCAUCCUGGAGCUGGACAAGAAGCCGUGGGAGGCGACGCGCUCGUCACGCGGACGCAGCAGGAGCGAAGAUCAGGACGCGGGUGGAGCAGACGACGACGAUGAUGUCUUGUUCAUGGGGCCGGGAUCGGUCCAGGAUUCUCCCAGAUCAGGAACCGAGACCAGGCCGAUGCCACCGCCUCCCGCAGGAGCUGCCGCGGGGACGUCCGAGAUGAAAUUGGACCCCUCGACUACCACAGACGCAGACUCGCGUGGGAUGGACUCGGACGACGAUCACCAGGAGAUGUUCCCCUCGUCUAUGAACAACUCGUACAUGGAGGACGACGUACACCUGAGCAACGCCGCACACGUCUCGUCCUCCUCCGCCAGCCACGCUCAGGUGGGGGCAGAGUCUGAGAGCGCGCGCGAACAGUUAGCACAAAGCGCCAACCUAAGCGUGCAAGAGCAGCACGUGACGAACGCGCUGCUGGGAACGGUCUCGCGCUCGCUCGAGCUACUGGCCGAGUCGGUGCAGCAGCUGGCGGAGACGCAGCAGGAGUUUGCGCGCGAGUCACUCCGGCUGCAAAGGGAGACGGUGCAGGUGCUGCGAGAGUUCGCCUCCGGGGCGCUUACGCUUCUGCACGAAAGGGUCAACGGCAAACCGCCGCUGAUUUAGACCGCAGUGACGACGCUGGCAAAAAACUCACAUCAGGUGCAGUGCUCGUGCUAAUCACACUAACGUUUUAUCACUGUAUCGUGGAUCCGAGAGUAAGUUCUGUUCAGACCCGCGUGUUCCUCUCGCCUGUUGAGCAGAAUUACCUUUAAAAACAAAAGACACAGCGUCCAUCUGACUGUUUUUUUUCUCUCAGGAGAACAGACGUUUUAAAACGAUUGUAAUAAUAAUAUUGAUCAUUUUUGAUCAGGGACCGAUUGAGGAUGAAACACCGCCGUCUCCGUGCUCCAACAACAAUCUGAAAUCUUCAGUUGCCUGAAA